AUGGCAAAUGGAGAGCCAUCAAUCAAAACCUUCAACGAGCAAGAAGAGUCUAAUGAAUUCCACCCCAAUUUGAAAUUCUACGGCUAUGCGAUCCUCAUCUCCACAUGGUUACUAUUUGUCGUCACAAUAAACUCAUUUCUUCAACUUUGGCAAUUUAUCGUAUCACCAAUUGCUGGAACACCACUAUAUAAUCAUUUGACUACCAUCUUUCAUACCAUUGAUGACCUUGUUGUUAAACUAUGGUGUAUUUAUGUUGUAUGUUGGUGGUGGGCUUUUAUUUCUUGGACAGGGUUGAAGUUGUUUCGUCAUUCUAAAGGGAUACAAAAUUGA